AGGAGUCUAUUAUUUUUCCCCUAGAUAGAAUUAAGAUAGGUUUUCUUUAAAUAUCAUAACGUUAUAAGGCGUUAUCACAAGCUCUAGGCUUUUCUGAAAAGUGUCAAGGGAAAGUAAAUAGUGUCCGAAACAGAAAUAAAGCGCCCGAAAGCAAGCGAAAAGAGCGAUCGGCGGCUCAGCUGGGCUUCCCGUCUGUGUUCAGAAGCGAUGAAGAUGGCAGCCUCAAGGUGUAGGUUCACGCGUCUCCUGUUGCCCGGUGCCAGAACGACCUUAAAUACCCGAGUCAGAACAUUCCCAUGCUCCUCAUCUACACAGUUAUGCAUUGGUGGACUGGGACAACUUCAGAAACAGCAGUUGACUUUUGCAACAAGUACCUUGACAGCAAGCUCAGAGAAAGCAGAACCAUCCUCAGACCUGCUACUGAGUGAUUCUUGUGUUGCUAGACUGAAGGAGAUCUUGGGAGAUGAAGAUGAAACAUCUUUUUUGAGAGUAAUUGUGGAAGGUGGCGGCUGUUCAGGAUUUCAGUACAAGUUUGACAUUGACACAGAAGUGCAAGACGAUGAUAGAGUAUUCAAACGAGAUGGUGCAAAGGUGGUGAUUGAUGAAACCUCGCUUGAAUUUGUCCGAGGCUCAACUAUAGACUACCACACAGAGCUGAUACGUGCUGCUUUUAGAAUAUUAGAUAAUCCCCAAGCGGAAGCAGGGUGUUCAUGUGGAGCAUCUUUUUCUAUUAAAAUAUAACUAGGAAGAACAUAAUGUUAAGGUAAAUAUUUCUUACCAUGAAUUGAGAAUUAACUUAUUCAUUUUGUUGUUGAUAUUCUCUUGAUAAUUAUUUAGUGUUUGAUGGAUUAGGAGAAUAAAACAGAUGUAAUCAGCAUUAUGCCAGAGAUUUUUUUCUCUUUGCUUUAUUCUGAUUUGUAGGGUUAUUAUUUUUUAUUAUGUUAAUUAUUUUGCAGACUAGUCAGUUUACUUUUAAGAUGAAUUCAAAGGUAUUCAUUUACUUACAGUGGAAACAUUCUCUUGACAGAUAUUAUCUGCUACAGUGCUUUGUUACAAUGUUGCUAUUUGCAAUUUACUCACUCAUAAAAAGGUGAUAAAGAGCUGCAGAGCUUGACACAAGGCAGACUUAUCGGGGGUACUCUUCUUUAUACCACAGCUGUUAUACAGCCAGAUUUAUUUUUCAUAUAAACAAUCAAUAACACAACUGAAGAUUAGUACUGAACCCUCAUGUGCACAUUGUGUCAUUUAUUGAGAGUUCAGUGUGGACCCAUAACACAUGGUGCAUCAUUACACUUAAAUAUUUUCCCCAAAUAAAUAUUCUAAACUGUCACAUACUAUGCACCACUCUGGUGAGUUAAGUUGAUGCUUAGUAAUUUCUCAUAAUUUUGAGCAUGGUAUCACUUAUAGAUUGCCAAUGUUUGCAUGGCAGCUGGGCUGGGCUGUAGCCUGGUUUGGUAACAGGAAAACAUAGUUGAAACAUAUUUGACACAGAUUUUUUAAUUGAUCUUACUUUUUUCUGAAUGUAGUAGAAAAUAAGAACAAAUAAGAUAUCUUUACCAUAGAAACUGUUGUGUUAUGGGUACAACCAUGCUGAUCACUAUAUGUCAUAACCUGGUACUUGCUUUUAGGAAAUAUUUUUGCAUCUAACUGAAAGCUGUGAAAAACAGAAGCUUACCCCUUGUUUGCAGGUGGCAUCAGCUGAAGCCAUGGCAGUGUAGCACUGAUGCUGCAGGUGGCAUCACUACAGAUGCGGCCCAUAUAGAUAUAUUCAGUUGGCAGACUGCACGGCCGCCGAAAAAGUCAGCGCGGAUUGGGUUAAAAUACAGUGAUUGAUAAAAUCAUUAAAAUAUGGUUAGAUAUUUGUUAUGUUAUUCUAAAAAUGUAUUGUAUAUAAUGUACUUAUGAUAAUGAGGAUUCAAACAUUGGCUGUACAUGAAACUAACAUAUUUUUCUUGUAAAUAUCUGUUAAUAAAUAUACUGUUUUGAUA